UCGUACAAAGUCACCGGUGUUCUCACAAUGUGUUUUGGUAUUGUCAAAAAUACCAUGUGAGUUUAUUGUAUUUGGUGUUGAAAAUAGUUCUGUGUUAUAAAAUAAAAAUAACAUGGAUUACGUGGUAGGCAGUGUCGCUGCCUUAAUAUCAGGUAACGUAACGCCGAACCGCCCCAAGAGAUUAAAAAAAGCGGCUACACCUAUGAAACAUCAGCCCUCGCCUAACGUGACACCAAAAAGUGAGUUUGUAGACGACAGGUCUAUAUUUUUAUCACCUUCAAUGCAAAAGAAAAAGGCUAUAGUUAAAAAAUCACCUAAAAGAAUAUUCGAGAACCCAGAUUUAGAUGUUACUAAGGAAGACGAGAAGAGUGCGACCAUAACUAGCCCCAAGGCUGAUAAAGUAAAGAAGCAUCUCAAAGAAGACUUGGACGCGAAUUUUGUAGCUAGCCAAAUUAUGUUAAGUCCUAAAUCACCAAAUGAUGAACAAGAGAAAGAACCUAAAUCACCAUCAUCAAAGAAAAAAUUGAAAAUAAGUGAAGAUAAUGUUACUAAUGUGAACGACAGUCCAUCAAAAAAAAGGAAAAGGCGUAAAUCAGUCGCUGACCGAGAAAUUUUGGAAUAUCAUGAUGAAAAUAUUGCUGAAGAAAAAGAAAAUAUUGCAUCAAAUGUAAAUGCAACUGAAAGUGCGAAACCUAAAAAGAAGGCUAAAAAGCCAAAAUUGGUAUCUGAAGAGAUAGUUGAGAAGGAACCAGAUACAAACACAAAUGACGAACGAAACUUAAAAAGGAAGAAAAAAAAUAAAUCAAAUCGACCUCCAGUAGAACAAAACAUAGAAACAAUAAGUAAUGAAUUACAAUCACAAAGCCCUAAAAAGAAAAACAAAAAAAGGAAAAAUAAAAAGCAAAAAGCUAUUGACAAAGUUGAGUUUAAAAGCAAUACAAACUUGGAGGAUAUUAAUAAUAAAAAUUCAACAGAUGGUGAAACUAAAACAGAAUCAAUAAUGGAAGAUGUUAAUAAACAAUUAUCAACAACUAAAUCACAAUCUUCUAAAAAGAAAAACAAAAAGAAAAAUAAAAAGCAAAAAGCUAUUGACAAAGUUGUGUCUCAAAGCAACUCAAACUUGGAGGAUAUUCACAAUAAAGAUUCAACAGAUGAUGAAACUAAAACAGAAUCAAUAACGGAAGAUAUUAAUGAACAAUCAACAACUAAAUCACAAUCUUCUAAAAAGAAAAACAAAAAACGAAAUAACAAACAAACAUCCAAUGAUAACAUUGAAAGCGUAAAUGUAAACGCAAACGCAAUUACAAACAAAGACACCGACUCCGAACACGAGUCAGACGAUGAAAUAGAAUCGGAAGAUGAUGAAAUAAACAAAAAGUCUCUUGAAACCGCUCCCUCCGAUAGUUCCGAGAACGAAAGUGAAGAUGUAGCAAAGAAGGAAAAGAACGUGGCUAAAAGUGAAGCUAAGAAAGAAACCCACGUUGCUACAGAGGAUGAAGUUAAGAAAACAAUCUUUGUAGGCAAUGUGCCAUUUAGCAGUAAAUGUAAGAAGGAGAUUAAGAAGAUCUUCAGUGAAUACGGUCAAAUUGAAACUGUUAGAAUACGCACGAUACCAGUAAAGGACGCUAGAGUGACUCCUAAGUUAGCUGUGAUCAAGAAUGAGCUACAUCCCGACCGUAGCACUGUCAAUGUUUAUGUGAAAUAUGCUGACCCUAGCUGUGUGGACAGGGCCUUGGCAGCUAAUAAUACGGUCCUAAAUGGUAAUCAUCUGAGAGUAUCUCGUAGUGACACAACUGGCGCAGAACACGAUCCAAAGUGCGCAAUUUUUGUCGGAAAUAUACCGUUUGCUUUAGAGGAUGAAGCUCUGAGGGCUAAGUUUGAGAAAUGUGGGGAAAUCGAGUCUGUACGGAUUGUAAGAGACGCGAAAACAAAUGCUGGAAAAGGAUUUGGGUACGUGAACUUUGCUUCUAAAGAUGGCGUAGAAUUAGCGUUAGCACUCACAGAAGAAGAUCUAACGAUAAAAAACAGAAUAUUAAGAGUGAAAAGAUGUACUCAGCCUACACAGAAAAAAUUAAAUGAUAAUAAAUGUAAUAGAAACACACAAGUUUAUAAUAGUAAUGCAAAUAAUAAGUUUAAUAGAAACACGCAUGGUAAUAAUAAUAAUCCGAAUAAUAAGUUUGAUAAGAAUACACAAGGUUAUGAUAGAAAUCCGGAUAAUAAGUUUAAUAGAAAUACGCAAGGAUAUAAUAGAAAUGUUAAUCAAAAGUUCGAAGGCAAAUUUCAAGGAAAACAGAAUGACGACAGGGCAGACGGAGCUUAUAGACGUGUAAUGAAUAAAAGGAAAUAUCAGGAUGAUAACGACGGGCCUCCCAACAAACGUCAAAACACGAACCAACCGCGCAGAGAGAAGAAGGAGAGAAAAGAGUUCGUUGGAAUGACAGCGGAGAAGAAAAAGAAACAAAAGUUCAACAAGGGACAGAAGAAGAAGAAAGUGUUGAGUGAGAUUUUAACAAAGAAGUAAUUUGUGUUUUGUGUGAUAAUUUAAAUAAUUACAUAUUGUAAAUUGUUUUACAUGAAUAUUGUAUCAAUAAACUGUUAAUUUGA